CGCAUCAACCCACGUUUGCUUCAAGGCUACGCUACGCUUCGCAUCUUCACGAAAUUCAUUAGUUAGCUCAUGGGCCCAAUCAAACGACUGCUAGCACAUCCAGAAGAGCCAUGAACAACCCCGCCUUACCCGUAUAUGCUUCCCAGAACCCAGGUCCAUACGCUUUCAGCAAUCCUCAGCCCAAUGUCGGCUACGCCAUCCCUCCCGGAACUCCCUUUGACCAUGCCCAGACUCCAUUUCAGCCGGGCAUGAUCCCAAACCAGAUGCAGCGGCCCUUAUCCCACCCUCAUCAAGCGCAGCAGCCUCUCUCUCAUCAUCUCUAUCAACAACAUCUCGGCCAGAUCAGUACGGCGUCGCGGCCGGAGAGCCGAUCAAGCUAUAGCCCACAGUCCAUAGGGAAUCCCUCCAAUGGGCAAACUGCAGUGCCCGUCCCUGUAACCCAAGGACCCAAUCCAGCGUCGACUCCUACCCAGUUACAGACUGUAACCACUUCUGCUCAGUCUUUACCGCCUACAUCUGCAAUGCCGCCGCUGGACAUGAAUAUGGCAUCAAAUAUGGCACUUCAAGGGCAAUCGAGUUCCACGUUGGCUCAUCAGGCCCAGAUACACAAUGCGACACAAGUGGCGCGUCCCGCUCCCCAGCACCAGCAGCAGCAGCAGCCGCAACAGCAACUGCAACAAACAACAACAACAACAAGCGCUGGUUCGGCGGUCUCAGCACAGUCUGCUGCGAGGGAGCGGGCACGAGUUACGGUGCUAUUGGAGAUCAAUACCCAUUUGCUGCAAGAGGUUGUAACAUUACAGGCGCAGGGAAAGGCGGGAACUACACCGACUCAAGGACAACAGUCGCCUACUUCGCCCACCUCAGCGACAGAUCCGACCAACGCCAUUACCAACAGCCCAGGAGAGCCGCCAAAAUCGGCGGGGGGAACACCUCAGUCGAAGCCACCAUCACAAGAGUAUGCAGAGUGCAUGCGACGUUUGCAGGCCAACCUAUCCUACUUAGCCGCGAUUGCGGAUGCCAAAAAGAAGGUCAAUGGAGCCCUACCCUUGGGUCCAGCAAUAAUGAUUCCUCCGCCUCACUUGCCCCAAGUCAAUGAGCUAUAUAAAAAACUGAAUGCCCUUUUUCCGGAAGCAAGUCAUUCGGCGAUCAACAAAGCAAUAGCGCAAGCGGCCGCGCAAAGUCAGAACGCAGGUCCGAAACCGCAAGCGCCCUUUACUUCUGCGCAAGGUUGAAUGGGCGUAGUUCAACGCAGACGAUACUAGCUAACGUCUCAGGUGACGUUCGACGAAGGUGCUUCCGCCCUAAAACCGCUUGCCUAACGGAUCUCCCGUCCACGUACACGUUUCUGAAAGAACAACUGUCGAGUAGAUCUUGCCGACUGCGUCUCACGGAUAACAGUUUGGUCCUCGGAAAACUGGAUAAAAUGGGAGAACGGUGGUGGCCUGGCGGUCGCACCACAGUGUUGUCAAACUGGAUACAUUCGAGGGUUUGACCACCAUGUUGCACCAUCCAUCAACAUUCCAAUACUCAGCUGCCUGUCGAAGACAUAUUGAGGUCUCAGCGACACUUCAGCAGAUUGAUCGCAGCAGCACCUGAGGAAUCUCUCGGUCUAUACCAGAAGAAAAUCCUUGUGGCGUUGAGGACAUGCAGAGGAUGGGCGAGGAAUACGUCGCUAUGUAGAUUAUACGAGGUCGAGAUGUAGGACCAUUUACUGAUUGAAUCUAGUAUUAUGAUUUUGGAAGUUCGGUCAUAGCCAUAGGGCCUAGAUUCGUUUCGACUCCUUGGAGUGCUGAAAUCUCGAGGAUGUUAAUGAUGACGAUGCACAAUCUGUUAUUAGUUACUCUUCUCGGUACAUCUAAACCUGGCGAGCCGGCGAGCGAACUUCAGACACAAAGGGCACAGUUUGACAGAGAAUAGAGGCACUCUCUCCGACAUGGCUAGAGUGCUCAACAACGACGAGGUGGCCGC